AUGCAACGGCUGCAGCUUUUGUCUGUUUGCAGAAAUAAAGUUCAAUUGUCGCAACUGAGUAGACAUAUAUUUGGUUUUUGCAGACAGCUGAGUACCAGUAAUAGACAUUUUACUGACAGUCAAAAUAAAGACUACGUUGUGAGUCGAGUGUUUCAUAACAGGAAUCCUAGAAAUCUUGAGAAGCUGGCACUAGCAAAGAAGCGAACUGGCUGGACAUACCAGGCACCCCGCAGGGAUUAUUACCACAAACUGGUGAUUUGUCACACAAAUCGUCAUACAGAAGCCUAUGUUCAGCACUUUAGUGGAGAGAAAGUGCUGUCAGCUUCAACUAAUGAAUGGGCAGUACGAAAUCAGUUGUACAGCUGCACUGAUGUUUCUGCAAGCAUUGCUAUUGGGAAGGUUUUAGCUUUGAGAUGCUUGCAGAGCGGAAUUACUUCCCUCUUCUAUGAUGAUGCAGAGAAACCAUCUGAAAAGACCUCAUGUGUUCUUCAAGCUUUCAAAGAGGCAAACAUAGCCCUGACAGAACCAACUGUCAUUGAAGCAGAAUACCGCCCAGGUAUCAACUACGAUGGAUAUAACAGAUACGCAGAGCCCAAAGAGUGGAAGGAAGACUACCAGGAUGUUUGA